UAAUCUCCCUCAAGGGAAUACCCUGGUCACUUGGGCACAGAGCUCUCCAGAUCAGUCUACUGAUACCAUUGCCAAACAAGAAGAGGAAGAAUGGACGUGUCAGCUUUGUACGCUAAUCAAUGCACCAGCAGCCAAGUCAUGUGAUGCCUGUUUAACACAGAGGCCUGCCAAGACAGCAUCACCUCAGAAGUUUGGUUUUGAUACGAAUUUCAUAAAGUACCAAUGUAACAACUUUGGUAAACCCCUCGUGGAAUUGAGGCUCAAUCGCAGAGCAGCGUUUGGUGUGACGACACUGGUCCUGACGUCACUAAGGAGCUCCCAGAAGAGUCCUGCGUCCUGUUCCUCUGCAGGAAAUGAAGUGAAAGGGAACACGUUAUCACCAGAUGGGAAUCCUUCAUUUCUCGCCGUGGUUGAGAAUUGCUCUGCAAAUACGUUGAAUUCAAACCAUCAGAUAAAAAGUAGUUGUAAUAAAUUUGCCAAUCAGGCGACUGGCAAUUCAACGUCAUCUAGUUAUACCGACCGUUCAUUUUGUCAGCCUCCCAAAAGAUUGAAGAAGGACCAUCAUUUCAACACAAAUUCUGCAGUUUCUGACUUCAGUUAUGCCGAUAAAUCUAACUGUUUAAAGUUAAACCUCAGGGGCUCUGAUAAUGUGAAUGAGGGUAAAGGCCCGGCUGCAAGCCCUGAAACUCCACACUGCAAAAAACACAGUCGUCCCUGUGAACUGAGAGUAGUCAGAAAAGAGGGUGACAAUAAAGGGAGGCAAUUCUACACUUGCUCCCUGCCACGGGAUUAUCAGUGCGACUAUUUUCAGUGGGCUGAUUUACAUUUUCCGAUCUGCAAUCAUGGAACGCGAUGUAUCAUGAGGACCGUGCUGAAACUCGGUCCCAAUAACGGACGCAACUUUUACGUUUGCUCGCGAGGAAUGAACAAACAGUGUGAUUUCUUUCUGUGGGCAGAGAAUGGAUUUAAGAUCCCUGCCGGCUGCUGAAACAACUGCUGAGGUAAAGAGAAUUAAAGAAUUGAUUCACUGACACGAGCACUGCUGGACCAGUGAUACAUCAGUGAUAGCUUUGGAUGUAUAUAUAUAUAUAUAUAUUAAAACAUCUCCUGUAUUAAGAUCAUGUUUUCCCCCAAACCUGCAGAUUGAAUUACAACAUUGGGACUCCUUGCUUGGUAACCACAACUAAUCCAUACUAUUAGACGCAAUGUGCUGGAGUAACUCAGCGGGUCAAGCAGCAGCUCUGAAGAACAUGGAUAGGUGACAUUUCGGGGUCUGAAGAAGGGUACUGACCCAAAACGUCACCUGUCCAUGUUUUCCGGGAAUGCUGCCUGACCCGCUGAGUUACUCCAGCACUUUGUGUCUUCCCUGAGUUACUUCAGCACGUUGUCUUUUUUUUUUUGCAUCUGCAAUUCCUUUUUUCUUUAACCCACAGCAGACACUGACACAACAAUUUAGUUUUAGUUAGUCUGCCUGAUGGUUGGAAGGCAAAAUGUGAAACUGAAGUGCGGAUGAGUGAAAUACCUGAUAAAAAGUUUACUUGUCGUUUUUCUGUUAAGUUGCUGAAUGCAAGAUUCAACCUAAAAGAUGGUGAUGGUAAAUUGAAUCAGUAGAAAUUGGCAUCACAAAGCCCGUUGCAAGAGCCUUAAGCUGCAUUCAAAGUUGACAGUUGCUAUCGGUGACUCUGUUCAAAGCAGUUGGACCAUAUGUAUUUGUGCCAAAUGUUUUUUUUAAAUCGCACUUGUAUUGUUUUAUGAAAAGUCUUUAUUCAAUAUAUUAUGAAUUCCUCAAAGCUAUUAUUAUAAGCUUUUCUAUCACUGUUACAUUAUGUAUUUCGAAAUCUAUUGUUUAUAGUUUUGUCACUUUUUUCUUUGUCUAUUGCAAGUAACUAUCAAUAAAUUGGGAAACUAUUUGUUUUAAUGCCCUACUGCAAUGGUUAUUAACUUUAUGAGAAACAUUUUUUUUAAAUAUCAUGAGAUGAGCACCUGCAUAUGUUUAUGUAAAUUUUCCCUGCACCUAUAUUAUUACCAGUUUUGUCAAUCUUGUGAACUCUCGAUUGUCCAUUUAAUAUCCCAUUUUCAGGUCCAUAAUUCAGAUUAAUAAUACUUCCAAGUACAGAACUAGUCCCAAAGAAUUCUGUUGUCUAAAAAGUUUUUAUAGACGAUAUGUGGGGAUUUCCGACAAGCGUGGAAAAUGGUAUGGAGAUAAUACUACCGCCAGAUUUCUCACCAAAAUGUACUUGAUCCUGACUUGGAAACAUUUCACCAGUCACAGUGAGAUUUGAGUUACCAUACAGCCAUACAAAUAACAAGAACACAAUACACGAUAGAGUUUAACAUGAACAUCCCCACACAGCAGAAUCAAUGUUUCCCACUGUGAGGGAAGACAAUACAUUUCAGCCAUCUUCCUCUUUGUUCACCCGCGGUCGCUGCCUUUGAGCCCUCCGCAGUCGCCGCUACGGCAGCCCGAUGUUCAGGCCCUCUUGCCGAGAUGCUCAAAACUCCAAUGUCGGAACGGAAGAACACACUCAGCAGCUUGGAGUUUCCGAAUCGGCCACUUCUUACUGUGGCUUCCGAAGUCCACAGGCCGAGCUGGGCGGAGAUUCAACACUGACUGAUCAUCAGGACGCCACAAUGUUAAAGUCAGCACCGCCCGCGGCAAGAAGCUCUGCAAACCACUGCUCCACGAUGUUAAAGCAGCAGGCCCAACACUCCGGAGCUUCAACAUGGCGAUCCCCGGUAAGGCAUCGCCCGCUCCGCGAUGGUAAUUCAGUGCUGCGCCGCUGCAGAAGCUCUGGCCGGUCUCCGCAUGAAAGGCCGCGCCAAUCCAGA